UAGAUGAAGUUGACGCCAUGUUGAAAAAUAAUUUGCAUACUUUUUGUUUUGAGGUGGAAUAGCGAAUAGUUAAUGACAUUUAGAAGCUACUAUCUGAACAGAUCAAUGUGCUAUAACAGAUACGAGUAAUGGAAUUGCUUUGAAAACCAACGCAUCGUUUUAAUGGCGUGUGUCAGGUUGAUCACAACUUUACGUUGAACAAAAAAAAAUCAGCUGAUCCCAGCACAAAAAACGAAGUUCAAAGAAGUUUGUGUCCAAUGCUACAUGAAUGUGCAUUAACUGUUGUUAAAAAUAGAUGACAAGACGCUCUCUGGCUCUCGGUCGUCAGGUGUCAUGGACGCGAGAGAAGGGGAGCAAACUUCUGGCGGGGUGUCGGAAGAGUCUGGCCCCCUGUCCAUCGACGACUUGCCGGCGUUUUACAGCCCCGCCGAGUUGGAGCAACUGGCGGGGCAGAUCUCUCAGUCGCUGGAGCAUGACCACCCCAAGGGACAAGGAGGAUUCGCGAUUCCAGGGUUCCAGGAAGUUUCCUCGUCUCGACAUGUGACAGCAGAUGCAAGGGCAUCUGUGGCCCCCAGUUCUUCCCUACAAAAGUCAUCAAAUAAAGAGGAAUCUGGCAACAUCCAAGCUGCUGCAGACUCAAACAGCCAGAAACAGUUUGUCCCCUGCAAGGUGUGCGGAGACAGGGCCUCUGGAUUUCAUUAUGGGGUCACUUCCUGUGAGGGCUGUAAGGGAUUUUUUCGUCGUAGUAUUCAGAAGCAGAUUGAAUACAGAUGUUUGCGGGACGGAAAGUGUAUGGUAAUACGACUCAGUCGCAACAGAUGCCAGUACUGCCGAUUUAAAAAAUGUCUUGCUGUGGGAAUGUCAAGAGACUCUGUCCGGUACGGUCGUGUUCCCAAGAGGUCCAAGAGUCAGGACGACAGCUGCGUGAGUUCCACGGAUUCCAACAUGGACCAGUCAGCGCUGGAGAACAAACAGCUGGCUAUUUAUGACAUCAUUCUCAACAUUUCACAGGCGCAUCACACUAACUGUCUAGUCACUGAAGACAGGAUCAAAAACCUGACCAGAAAACCAUCUUCUCUGAUGCAACAGAUUUCCAUUCCUUCAACCCCGGUUCAAUUUUCGGAUGAGGAGCUUGAGGCUCAGAAGCUCUCCAUGUGGCAUUGUUUGGCCAGCUUCAUCACCCCUGCAAUCAACAGUGUGGUCGAGUUUGCAAAACGAGUCACAGGGUUUCCUGAGCUGAACCAAGACGAUCAACUGAUUUUGAUCAAGUGUGGUUUCUUCGAAGUUUGGCUGAUGAGGAUGGCGCGGAUGUUUAACAAAGCAGAGGGCUGUUUAACUUUCGAAGAUGGAAGCAUUAUACAAAAGGAGGAAUUAGGGGUUGUUUUCUCACCUGAUUUUGUAAGCUGUAUGUUUGACCUUGCUCAGAGUUUGAACCAGCUUAAUUUAAAUGAUACAGAAAUAGGUCUCUUUUGUGCCAUAGUUUUAGCUACACCAGAUCGCAAGGGGUUGGAGAAUCCCAAAGCAGUAGAAACCAUCCAGGACCGUUUGAUAGAAGCCUUAAAGCUGCAGAUCCUUCGCAAUCACUCCACAGAGGAGAACUUAUUUGGAACUACGAUUGUGAAACUUCCACAGCUAAGGACUCUGGGAGUACAACAUGACGAGAUUCUGGAGUGGUACCGAGCUCAGUGGAACCGAGUGAGGUUACCUCCCUUGUUUUCAGAAAUUUAUGACAUAAGCAAACAUGAAGAAGACAUGUAAUACCAUGUUCAACUUUCUCGGGGAGAUUUUCAUCAUUUUCUGUUUAUGUUUUUAAAAAUCAAUUUUGUGUUGUAUUUUUUUUUUACCGGAAGACUUGGCCUCUGUUUAGCAAUUGAUUAUUAAGUUUUGCCCAAUAUUCAUGACUUUUAUUAUGUACUGAAAAACGUUCUACACUACUUUUAGAUUGUUUGGUUUUUUUAAACAAUGUAAAAAUACUGUUGCUCAUUGCUUGCAUCCCUUUGUAAGAAAAAAGAAUUUCAGAUUGCUUUACACCAGUAAGUUGGUCAGUAAAACUUUGAAACUUUAAACUUAAAAAACCAUGACAUGUAUAUAUAAACCCUCAUAAAUGUCUGGGUCAAAUUUGGCAGGGUUUCUUAGUAACAUGUUCAUUAAGAUAUAUACAUUUUAUGUAUAUAUCAUUGGGGUUUAUUUUAAUUCUUUAUAUUUUGCAUGAUUGCAAAUAACAAAUUUAUUUUAGUGCUUGAUGCAAAUUUAUCAAAACCACAUAGACGGCUAGCUAGUUCUUUUAUUUAAGCCUUGCUAUUGUUUUACAAUAAGAUACCAUACAUAAAUUUACAUGUAUUUUAAAGUUUUUAAUUCACAUAUAUUUCUAAUUUGCCUUGAUUUGAUUUAAUAUAUUGGUGAUAAACUUCAAAUAUAUGAAAAAUUAGUGGACAAAAAUAAUUGUCAUGAUGGUUUUUUUAGCUGUUUUUUUUUUUCUUGCCUCUUUGAUAUCUUCCAUAAUGUCCUCAAUGCAUGUUAAAUUUACUUAACAGUAUUUUUUGUUUAGUUUUUUUUGUGAAAUUAGUGUGUGUUACUGUUCAUUCAGAUUUUAUUUUGAACCAACAGUACAUGGCCAGUUUUUUACUUGACUGUCUUUGUCAUAUUAAAUGUGUCAUUAUGCAUAUUAUCCAUAUGCUUUUAUUCCAUAUUUUCUUGUAUACAAUGUGGAGUUUGUAUUGAUAUGUUAUUGUUUAGGCAAAAAGUGUCUCUUGCAAAUCACGGAUCAAAUUGUUUUAUUUUUAAGCAAUUAAACAUUCACAGAUUCAGAGCUUAGUUCAGCUAUUAUGAAGGUGCUUUAAGGGAAUAUUUUUGAACUUUCAAAGAUCAAUAUUCUUUAGAUACCAAGGUUUUCAUAUCAUUAGAAAUCAACUAAUUUUCAUUUUUUAUGCUCAAGUAGAUUUUAUCCAGGUUUCUACAUAGUUUGUUAUCAGUGAAAUGGAAACUGCCGGUGUUUGCAAAUCUCUUGGAUUUUUUGUUUCCAAUUCAACUAAAACAGUGAUAGCUUUUUACUGAACUUAAAGAUACUUUUAAGAAUUGAUUUUCAUGAUUAGAUCAACUGAUGUUUUUUUUAAUGAUUUAACCAUUAGAAAUUGCAAUGUUAAAAUUUUAAAGUUAAUACAAAUAUUGAAAACAAAAGUUUCUUUCUAGCAAGACAUUUUUUGUGACAUAGUUCAAAUACUAAUUUUUUUGCCAUGAAGUGGACUGAGUUUAUAGAACUUUUAGAUCCGUUAUGUGCAAAAAAAAAACCAACCUUAAACAAUAGAUGGAUCUGUAUGUAGAUGUUACAAUGAUACCGAUUGGUUGUAAAGCACAAUUAAGUAGACACAUUGAAAUUGUUUCUAUUUUUGAUUGAUGCCAAAUCAGGAAGUGAGGGACUGACAACCUUUAACUGUGCCAUAUAUUGUAUAGUAUAGAGAGAAAUCACUUGUUUUAUUUUAUAAAAAAAAACUACAUGUCUGUGUAGCCCAUUUUAUUUUUAAAGAAUUUUAUACGUUAUAGUCUAUGUCAUUAGUCUUCUGUUAUUAUUUUGUGCUGUUUAGAGUGCUUGAAUUACAUACAUGGCGUUUAUUUGUUAGCUCAAUAUCUUCAUGGCUGUGUUUAUUUGAUAGUGAGCUUUUUAAUAUUGUAGGCAACACUCUGAAUAGAAUUCUGGAGUGAUACAUCAGCUAUUUUAUAUCUGUAGUGCUUUCAAUCCUCUUUUUUCACUUAUUUUUUUUUUCCUUUUCAUGUACGGUGUACAUUUUUUUUUGGGGGGGGGGGGGGGGGGG